AUGGAUGAUUUGUAUGUUGAUAAUGCAAUGCUUGAUGCUGAGACCACUGAUGAGGCAACUGAAAAAUACCAUCAAGCUAAGAAAUUGUUCGGAGACGCAAAAAUGAAUUUGAGGGAGUUUCUGUCGAAUAACUCAAAGGUCAGUCAAGCAAUAAAAGAAGAUCGCCAAUCUGGAAGGAUCAUAAAGGUACUCGGUAUCAGAUGGGAUACAGAAACUGAUGUGCUACAUAUUAAACUACUAAAUGAGGAUAGAGGAACUGAGUCGUUAAUCAAAAGAAAGAUAUAUGCCUUAGUUGCUGGGAUUUAUGACCCAAUGGGUCUAGUGUCACCGAUGAUUUUAUCAAUGAAAGUGUUUCUUCAACAACUAUGGCAAGAAAAACUUAGUUGGGAUGAAGAGUUGCCGUCAACAAAUAAGAUCGAAUCCGAAAGACAUUUAGCAGGAGCGGAGGGACCAGACUUUCUAAUACCACGGCGAUAUUUCAGAGAGUACGGUCGUCUCCAAAUACAGACGCUUCAAAGGACGCUUCCGCGGCUGUGGUUUAUAUACGAAGUAACUAUGGGAAAAAGGUGCUGUUGACU